GUUUGUACGCGCCUUGCAUCCCUGCGCCUUCAUGUCCUCAAACUCCCCUCAGCAGAAGAAGCGCAAAAUGUCGGAAGGGCCGCAGGCAACACUUGCGCCUGUAUCUCAACUUCUCAUCAAAAGACUCUCGGAUAAUGCGAAGCUGCCUACCCGAGGGUCUGCAUUGGCAGCCGGGUACGACUUGUACAGUGCCGAGAAGAAGACGAUUCCUGCACGCGGGAAGGCUUUAGUGGAUACACAGAUAUCCAUCGCAGUUCCCGCGGGAACCUACGGUCGCGUUGCGCCCCGCAGUGGUCUAGCCUCCAAAUUUAUGAUUGAUACAGGAGCAGGCGUGAUAGACGCCGACUAUCGAGGCGUCGUAUUCGUCUUGCUAUUCAACCACUCGGAUAAAGACUUCCAAGUUCAAGAAGGUGACCGCGUAGCACAACUAAUCAUUGAGAAAAUCCAGACUCCCGAGGUCCUUGAAGUUGAUGACUUGGAUGAGACCCUCCGAGGAGCAGGAGGGUUUGGCUCUACUGGCGGCCAUACAUCACUAUAGGGUCUGGCUACAGUUUCACCGCAUUCCGUCUGUUAUGUGUACCUCACUAAGUUAUUACACAUCCUUUCUUGUAAAACACCUAAUUCAGAUGAUCGCUCACGGA